ACCGAGAGGCUCUGGGCAGCUCCUGCGGUCGAAUGUGAUAGCCUCAUUGUCUGCCGUCUGCGGACGGGGGUGGCGGUGGUUAACUCAAAAAAGGAAGGAAAAAAAAAAAACGGCAUUUCGCAAGCAGCAUCGCGCAGCAGACAAACCCCUCAUUCGUCGCUUCGCGUUCGGGGCAGAACAUGGGGAACCGGGACGACGAGUACGAUUUCUUAUUCAAAGUGGUGCUAAUCGGCGACUCUGGAGUUGGGAAGAGUAACCUGCUCUCUCGAUUCACACGCAACGAGUUCAACUUGGAAAGCAAGAGCACCAUUGGAGUCGAGUUUGCCACUCGUAGCAUCCAGGUGGACGGCAAGACGAUAAAGGCUCAGAUCUGGGACACGGCAGGACAAGAACGCUAUAGGGCCAUCACCUCCGCGUACUAUAGGGGUGCUGUGGGCGCCCUGCUGGUGUAUGACAUUGCCAAACACCUCACAUAUGAAAACGUGGAGCGCUGGCUGAAGGAGCUGAGGGAUCAUGCCGACAACAACAUUGUCAUCAUGCUAGUGGGAAACAAGAGUGACCUGCGACACCUGAGGGCCGUGCCCACCGACGAAGCCCGUGCCUUUGCAGAAAAAAACAACUUGUCAUUUAUUGAAACAUCAGCUCUGGACUCCACCAACGUAGAAGAGGCGUUCAAAAAUAUUCUGACAGAGAUUUACCGCAUCGUAUCACAGAAGCAGAUAGCUGACCGGUCAGCACACGAUGAGUCCCCGGGCAACAACGUAGUGGACAUCAGCGUACCACCCACCACCGACGGCCAGAGGUCCAGCAAACUGCAGUGCUGUCAGAACCUGUGAAUUCCAACACCUUCCUCUUAAAUCUGCCGACUGUCCGUUUCUCUGCUUUUGACCCCCAAGUCUUGUGUCUUCGUGUUUUGUUUUUUUUUUAUUAUUAUAAUUAAUGUAACAAAAGAGCUCACCCAAAGCUGCAUUUGAUUAGCCUGCCCUCCUAAAAAUGUUUUUUUUUCUCAAGUAGUUUGUGGCUCAUACAGAGCUGGGGUAGGGGGGUGCAGAGAACCCAAAUGAAUUGCAGAGGGGUGCAGCAGGGGAGGUGAUGGGAAUGGGCAAUUUGGGGUCCGGAAAACAAACAUAAAUGUAUCUCUUUAUAAUGGGAAAGGCAGCCCUGCCAAAGCCUGAGGAUAAUAGGAAUACAUUUCAAACAAAAUUAUUAGGAUAUACAUGCUUUUUGGGGGUGGGGGGUGUGGGUGUUGUAAGUCAUAGUAGGCCUGCUAAAAUAGAAAAAGUGAAAUAAAAUGAAUGUCAAUCUUCAUUUUUAGAAAUAUAUCCACAUGUGGAGGAUCUUGACAGAAAUAAUCACAAACAGUGAUCUGGAGGCCCAGUUUUAAUAAAAAAUAAAAUGUUCAUUACUGAAUAUGUA